AUGAAUCUAAAAAGUCUUUUAGUAUCUUCUUUGGUGGCUGGUGCAGCUAUUGCUGACAGUGGUAACAGUACAACCAAUGUUCCAUCAUCAUGUACGAUUAAACCAAACUCUACUGCUACUCAACAAUCAGAUUUGGAUAAAUACUCUAGUUGCCAAACCUUGGUUGGUAACUUGACCGUCAGUGGUAGUGAAAUCCAAACCGGUAGUUUGAACGGUGUCAAGAACUUGGAAGGUUCCUUGACUAUUUACAACGCCAGCAACUUGGUCCAAUUCAAUGCUGACACAUUACAAAACAUUUCUCACUCUUUGAACUUGCAAUUGUCUACCAGCUUGCAAACUGCUUCUUUCAACGGUCUGGAAGAAGUUGACACCAUUAAGAUGGUUGCAUUGCCACAAUUGCAUGAUUUCGAAACUAAUGUUAAGAAGGCAAACGUUGUUUACAUCAGUGAUACUUCUUUGAAGACUGUUCAUGCUUUUGGAGAAUUGCAAAAGGUUAGAUCAUUCAACUUGAACAACAACAAGGACUUGGCUAAUUUGGAAUCUUCAUUGGAAUCUGUUGAAGAUGAGCUUGAAUUCUCCGCUAACGGUCAAGAUGCUAAUGUUACCUUCAACGAUUUGAAAUGGGCUAACAACAUUACCCUAAGAGAUGUCCACAGAGCUUCUUUCGUCUCUUUGAAGCAAGUGAACUCUUCUCUAGGUUUCAUUAACAACACUAUUGACAGUUUGAACUUGUCGAACUUGACUUCUGUUGGAGGUUCUCUAAGUUUUGUCUCUAACAGAAACUUGACUGGUAUUAACGCUACUAACUUGGAAGAAGUUGGUGGUGGUUUCGUCAUUGCCAACAACUCUAACUUCAAAUUGAUUGGUGGUUUCCCUAAGUUGUCUAAGGUCGGUGGUGCCAUCUCUGUUGUUGGUAACUACACUUAUCUAGACUUGGAAUCUUUGAAUUCCGUUAAGGGUGAUGGUGACUUUGAAACUAACUCUGGUAACUUUUCUUGUUCUUCUUUGAAGAGCUUGCAAAGUAAGGGUGGUAUCAAGGGUGACUCUUUUGUCUGUAAGAACGGUGCUCAAUCCACUUCUAUCAAAUUAUCCUCAGAAAGCUCCAGCAAGAGCUCUUCCAGUGGCUCUUCCAAGACUGAAAGCUCCACCAAAUCCUCUGAUGCUUCUCAGUCCGCUUCUGGUAAAUCUGGUUCCAAGAGUACCGCUUCUAACGACGGUAACCAAUCUAAAGGUAUGGCAGCUGCUCAAUUCGCCCCAGCUGGUUCCCUAAUGGGAGCUAUGGCCGCUGUUGCUGCUGCUUUGCUAUGA